AUAAACCAGUAUGAUAAAAUAAAUAGCAAUGAAAUUUAGGAAUAUUUAUUUUCAUUACGUAAUAGAAAAUUCUGGAGAGAACAAGCGUUUUGAAGUAAACUCUUAACCUUCGCUUGAAUCUGUCAAAGUUAUUUGUCUCUGCGUCAAAGUUAAAUUGAUGUUUUGCGUGACAAAGUCGGCGUUUUCGAAAACUCUCACACUUUCAUUGAAAUUAUUAGCUCAAGACUUGCGUUUUGCACAAAGAAGAGCCAUGUCAAAGUCAGCCCUGGUUAUCCUGGCACAAGGUGCCGAGGAGAUGGAGACCGUCAUCACUGUCGACAUGUUGAGGAGAGGUGGUGUGGAAGUGACAAUGGCUGGUCUGGAUGGCAGUGCUCCAGUGCUGUGUUCGAGGCAGGUGACUCUUGUGCCAGACAAGUCACUGGCAGAUGCACUGGCUGAGAAACCUCAGUAUGAUGCUGUAAUCUUACCGGGCGGUCUUGAGGGUUCGGACCGUCUCUCCAAGUCGGAAGUGGUUGGCACCCUCCUCAAGGAACAUGAGAAGUCAGGGAAGAUUGUGGCUGCAAUUUGUGCAGCGCCAACAGCGUUCGUAGCGCACGGUAUCGGUCAAGGCAAGCGCGUCACUUCCUACCCCACCACUAAGGACAAGGUGGCAGGAGGACCCGGGGACUACAAGUACGUGGAGGGGGAGAGGGUGGUGACCGAUGGUAACGUGGUCACGAGCCGCGGUCCCGGCACAGCUUACUGGUUUGGUCUGACUCUCAUUGAACUCCUCACUGGCAAGGAGAAGGCUAAUCAGGUUGAAAAGGGAAUGAUCAUCACUGGGUACUAGAUCUGAAAACCAGCAUGUAAAGUCUAAAAUAUAAUUAUCACUCGCAUAAGUUUAAGCAUACUAAAAAUAUAAUCUUCGUUGUAAUGAAGAUGGGCGUCGAAUUAGAACUUGGCAUAGAUUGGCUAAUAAUUUAUGGGAAAGAAGACUUAAUCUUAUUGAUUUUUUUUUGUGAAAAUACUUUUUUGGGUGUCAUGAGUCCCUUAAAUGCUCAUAGAAGUGCGCCAUCGCCCCGUGUAUGCGGAUAUUAGCUUCAUAUUCUUAUAUGAAUCCUUUUUGUUAAAUGCAACUAAAAAUUGUGAUAAAUCGGUUGGACCGAAUAAAAUUUAUCCAUCUUAUUUAAGGCGCUUAAAUUGUAUAUUUUGAUGUAACCUGUAAAUAUAUUAUAUAAUCACAAA